AGUGAAGAACAGUCGAGGCUAAUAACAACUUCUCCUCCGCCGUCGCUGCUGCUGCUGCUGUUGUUGUUCUGGACCAUCUGGACCCAGACGGACCAUGGCGCUGCCGGCUCAGCUCAGAUCCAUCCAGCACCACCUCCGCACCGCGCAGGAGCACGAGAACCGGGACCCGGUGGUGGCGUACUACUGUCGUCUCUAUGCCAUGCAGACAGGUAUGAAACUGGACAGUAAAACACCAGAGUGCAGAAAGUUCCUGGUCAAACUCAUGGACCAGCUGGAGUCGAUGAAGCAGGAGCUUGGUGACAAUGACUCCAUCAGUCAGGAGGUUGUAGGAAACGCCCACAUCGAGAACUACGCCUUAAAAAUGUUCCUGUACGCCGACAACGAGGACCGAGCGGGACAGUUCCACAAGAACAUGAUCAAGUCCUUCUACACGGCCAGUUUGCUGCUGGACGUCCUGUCUGUGUUUGGAGAAUUAUCAGAGGAGAACAUUCAGCACAGGAAGUACGCUCGCUGGAAGGCCACGUACGUCCACAACUGUCUGAAGACUGGAGAGACGCCGGUUGCUGGACCCAUGGCCAUGGAGCAGGAGGACGGAGACACAGAUGAGUUUGGAGCUGCGGGUUACUCAGGUUCUGGCUCCACCCACAGUGGAUCCUUCAAAGGGGCUGGUCCUCCUCACCAGGACCAGGACCAGAGCUGGGAUCCAGGUGCCACCCCUGGGAUUGGGUUUACUGCGAGUCCAGGAUCGAGGCCGUCGUGUUCCUCCAACGUCAACAACAUCCACAUCCCACCAGGAGCUCACGCUCCAGCCAACACUCCGGCUGAGCUGCCGCCACCUGCAGCAGAGGGAGUUAAACCUGUGCCUUUACCUCGAUCAGUGACCUCUGACCCCUCACUGCAGGGUGGUGUCCACCUCACACCUGAAGAUUUCACCAAAGCUCAGAAAUACUGUAAAUAUGCCGGCAGUGCACUGCAGUACGAGGACGUCGCCACGGCGAUUCAGAACCUGCAGAAAGCUCUGAGGCUGCUGACCAGCGGGGAAGAAUGAGCGCUCACACACACACGCUCGGUGAAGGAGACGCUUCGCUGUGAAACAUGGUUUUUUUUAUUAAAGAUUAUAAAAUGUCCACUUGGUGGCGCUACAUGAAGUGUGAUGUAAUUGAAGUGUAAAUCAUGUGUUCAUCACAGCGCGCUCUCUCAGUGAAGAUUCAUCAAAGCAAAUAAAGAAAUGAUUGGUGUGUGUGUGUGUGUUAUGUUCCUGACCUUUGACCUCGGACAGACUCAAUAAUCCCAUACUAAUCAAUGCUCUUAUUGAUCUUUGAUCGUAAACUGUGACAUCAGCGACAGUGUUAGCUGCUCUGGUGUUAGAACAAACGUUAGCUUAGCUGCCUCACGUUUAUCGUCUAUUUGUUUUUUUUAAAAUGUUUUACGGGUUUUUUUUCUCCGUUAAUUCGCAGCUUGUUGAGCGGAGGAUUAAAAAACGCGACUUUGUUUGCUAGCACUAGGGUAUUUCUACAGUCAGGCUUCAGUCCUGACCCGGUUUACUUCUGGUUCUUGUCUCAAUGUUCAUAAAGGUGGAGGAAAAUCAAACGCUAAUAUUUGACCUUUUUGUCGCAUAUUUAACUUUUCUCAGAACUUGUUUUUCUGUGAGUGAUUCGAAUAAAAUGUUGAAAAUGAA